AUGAAUGAAAACAUUACAAAGACCAGAACAAAAAUGAAUAAACAGCAAGUGCAACAAGAAAAUGAGAAUACCAGAGAAGAGAUGGAAUCAAUCACAGUUGUGUACCGUGGCAAAGAACACAAGAUCGAAUUUCCCAAUAAUGCGGACGCGAAAUUGAUAUGUCAAAGCAUCAAGAGUGAAACCGGCGUAAGGGGCUCGUUUUAUGUGCACUUUGGAGAACAGUCAAAUAACUAUUUACACUGCUCAAGUGUUACUAGAGGAAAUUUAGCCAAACUGGCAGGAAAAUCUCUCGAAGUAAGAGGAGGAAAUGGUAAGGACGUCCGAACAUGUUUCAAAAAUUAAUUGAGCUUUUAUAAAAGUGUGGAGUAGUUUGUGAUCGUGUUACGUAAUGCGAACCGAGAAAACUAACAUUAUUGCAUUAAGGUAUUACCAGGGUUUUUUAACUGAAUAAAACAAAGUGAAAAUAAUAUUUUAAGCAAAGUAAAAGUUGGAAAUUGAUACCCGACCACUAUUUAAUUUGAAGAAUGGUUUAUUUUCUCCAUAAACCGUAUGACAAUCACUAACAGUGUUGUCCAGUGACUAUCUUCUUGCAGCAACAAGUUGUAGGGACAAAAUUUAUUGUGUUUACUUAUUACGCGAUCUGUCACAGCAAGUAUAAAGUUUGUCCUCAUAGCAUGCCCACAGAGCCUAGAAUCCCGAACUCUGCCGACUAUGGCAUUCUAAAGCUGUAGUGUUGCCCCGAUCAAAUCUCCAUUCCACUGACACUAAAUAUUGGUCUAGGGUAGUCUUAGGCUGGAAGGGAGGGAGGCACUCCCUUCUUUGGUUUCCUCCCUUUUUGGUGUGAUAUUGGGUAUAUAGACAUGGAACAUGAUAGUUUUGAGAAGAAUGCCAUGCACUGCACUCCCACACAUUUCCAGGCACUAGGUACUCAAUUUACACUAUCGAAACCAUGUAAAAAACUCAAUCAGUAAUUAAUUUGUAUCUCUACAAUUAAUUCACAGAAGAUAAUGAAAAGAGCAUGAUAUUUUCUUUGCAUCCUUUGGGAAUCCAAGCCCUACGAGCUACAACAACACAGUAUGCUCAAUUGUGAACUAAAACUUCCCUUAUAGUGAGGUAUGGAAUGAACUUGCCUUAAAGUAAUUCCUGUAGUUUUCUUCUUUCCCCUUGAAUCAAAAAUGAAAUUAUGAGGUUGAAGUAAAUAGUCUCUCCAGGGUCAGUUUAUAUGUUUUCUUAUUCUCUAUGAUGAGUUUAAUCCUGGCACCAUGGUGAUCACACAACCUUUCAGUGUGCCAUGGGUUCAAAUCCCAAAAGCAACACCAUCCAUGUGUGGAGUUUGCUGUUGGUUUGCUUCUCUGCUCUGACGUUUUUUCUCUGUCACUCAGGGUGCCCCAGUCCUCAAAAAACAAAAUAUCCAUGGCACGUUUUCAAUUUGAUACCCGUUUUGGCCAAAUAAGGAAGUGCCCCCAGGUCUAACCAUUUCCAGGGCGAAGGCAGAAGCUAGUUAUUUUAAUACCCUGAGUGUUCAUCCAGGUGGGAACUGAACUCACAUCUCUCUCUGCAGGACCAGCGCUCCUGAUUAACAACUAACCUAACCUUGCUGUGGCAAGGAAUAGUUCAACUGGCUGACUGAUUUCGGAGAUAAUACAGUUCUUAUUCUAGUUAAAGAAUACCAUCAAGAUCUAAUUACCACAAAAAGUACCAGGAAGUCAACCUGUAUGUCAUGCAUGAGUGGUAUAUAAGUACACUAUUUGUAGACCAAACCUGAACAUUCAGUUAUUUAAACAGAGUUUUCAUGAAAGCAUAUAACAUAGACUAGAAAGGCAUUCCCACAAAGAUUUCCUUAACCGUGGUCUUAGUUAGACUUUGUUUAAAUAACUGCCCCUCAGUGUCUCAAUCCCUAAAAGCCUGGUUAAUGGUAGAAUUAUCAAGAGCACGGUUAUUCGCUAAUACAUGCAAUAUUGGUUUUCAGAUUUCAACAAGGGAGGAGACCCGAUCUGGUAUUACAACACCCAAUCCCUGAAGCCUGAGGUUCAACGAAAGUUUAAAGAGAUGGAGAUUGUGCCUUUUGACAAUCCUCCGUGAGGAGUUCAAAGGAAUUGUAUAAACUAGAAACUCUGAUCUGUGAUUUGUGUGAGGAAAUGUGUCUAGCCCUGUAGCAUGCUAUUGAGGGAAUUCUCUCAUGAAUGUAAGCGAGAGUACCAGAAGAGUGAUAACGUUUCUUUAAAAUUUAGAAAUAGCCUGAGCUAAUUAGAGUGAAGAAAGAGCUAUAACAUUUUGUAAUUUGGCACAACUGUGAGUUUUCAUGGAAGAGGAUAUGUAAGUCUCAGAUGAAAAAAAGAUUUUAUUUUUCUGGGUUUUGAGUUGCUUACAUUAUGUUAAAUCUUUGAAAAAAAUUAUUUUCUGUAAAAUUUAUAUCAGAUGUGUUGUUCCAGAAAAAUUGCAGCGGUGCCAUACUGCCCCUUGGAGAUUUUUAGCCUUGAUCCCCCACCAUCCCCAUUUUUUGGCCUUUUGAGGUGCUCUUGACUUCUCCCUUGGAAGUUCCAAUCAAUCUUCAUGGAGUUGGCAAGAAUAUUUUUUGGAACCACACAGAAUGAAUGGUAAACAUUGGUUCACACAUAAAUAAACUUACACCUUCUGGACCAGAUCAUUUGUGCAGUCAAACCAACGUGAAAGCAAAAGAUUUACAAAUAUUCUCACAAACACUGUGAAAAAUUAGUGUGUGUUUCCUAACAUACCAGGACUGAGUUAAGUGGAGUGAAAAAAGUUUUGGCAGAUGUUAUUUAUUUACCUGAAGAAUAGAUGCAUGUCUGGAUUUAUAAAGUAUUUAUAGAAUAUUUAUCUUAAAGAGUGUGUAUU